GCACCCGUGCCUCACGCCCGCAGCCCACCGUUUCAAACUGGCCCAGCGCCGGGUCAGGAGGGCCCCCGCGAGCUGGAGCUCGACAGUCCCGCGGGAACUCGGAAGGGCGCGUGCGCGCUCGCUCCGGGCCGGGUUGGGGGGCUCCCCAGUCGAUCAGAGGCCGCUUCCCUGAGCUCCAGCCGAGCCCCGGCGGUUGCCUUUGCGAGUCUAUUAGCAGGCGCGUGGUAACGAUGGCGGCUCUCUGGGAGACUUCCCCGUCACUGGAUACUACUCCUCCCGGCCCGCCGGCGGCGGCGGCGGCGGCGGCAGCUCCACCCCACCUACCCCCGCCCCCCCUUUGCCUUUAGUUUACAAGUAGCAAUUUCCCUGGCUGGUGCCGCGGGUCCGGAGGGAGCCAGGGUGCGCACCGUGGGGCGGGCGGGCGCAGCCGACACUCCCUGGAGGAGUCCAGAGGCAGACAUCCAAAGCCCAAAGCCUCCCGCCCGCCCAGGCCACCAUGGGGCUCCUGGACCGGCUGGGCAAGGAAUGGUUCAUGCUCUGCAUUGUGCUGGUGAUCGUGCUGGCGAAGAUGGACCCGUCCGUGGGGGCCAAAGGCGGACCUCUGAAGCCAGAAGUAACGAUCACCUACAUUGCCGUUUCAGCCAUAUUCUUUAACAGCGGACUGUCCCUCAAGACAGAGGAGCUGACGAGUGCUUUGAUGCAUAUAAAAUUACAUCUUUUUGUUCAGAUCUUUACACUCGCAUUCUUCCCAACAACAAUAUGGCUUUUUCUUCAGAUGCUCUCAGUUACACCCAUCAACGAAUGGCUUUUAAAAGGUUUACAAACAGUGGGCUGCAUGCCGCCGCCUGUUUCUUCUGCCGUCAUCUUAACUAAAGCUGUUGGUGGGAAUGAGGACCCUCCUUGCCUGGUGUCAUUUCUUGAGCUCUCGUGGGAUGAGAUUAGUCUAAAACAACAAAGUAGCCAGAUGUCUGGUUCUGAGAGAGUCCCAGAGGCCAGGCUACGGUAGGCAACAGAAAUCGCGUGGGGCUGAAGAUCAAAGAUACCUGAGAAUUACUUAUGGGCACAUAGUAUAUGUCAUUCCCAUUAUUAACAGUCUGAGAAAAUUUGUAUCCCUAAUUAACCCUUUUGUUGAAGUAACCCUAAUUUUUUGUAUAUUUCUUAAUAGGGUUUCUUUUCAAUGCAGUCUAGUAGUAUAAUGACACCACCAAUAAUGAUGAUAAUGAAAAUAGUAAUAAAACUCAACUAUAUAUCCACCCAGAGAAGAUGAAAAAUUUUAGGGACUUAGUCAAACUUAACUGCCAUUCUCAUCUCAAAGGCAGCCAUCCAAUCAAGUACAUAUUUCAUCUCUCAGUUAAAAGCUUCAGAAACAGUGAGCAGCCAUUCAGAUCAACAAAUAUUUCUCAUCAAAUCACUGAGCCUUACUCUUUAACAAUUUUAGCAUUGUUCUCAGUAGAAAUUUUCAAGCCUAACUUCCUAGUUUUCAGUUGAAUUUUGAAUAUGUCUCAGUGGAAGGAAAUUUGUACCCCAUAAAUGAUUUCCCUCCUUUCUGCCUCACUUUGCUAGGGUAUUAUUGAAAUGCUCAUUAAAAUCUCUAUUUCCCUCCCCUCACCUGUUGGUGUUAUAUAUGCCCAUCUGUAGCUACUAUGUAUAUAAAUGUGUAUAAUUCGAGGACUUAGGCUAUUUUCAGUUACUUUGGGUUCUAGAUGUUAGAAGCUUUUAGGAUUAAUUGACACUCCUGGGCACGUAUAGACAUCUGAUUUUUGCCUUUGAUGUCUUAGCCUCUAGAAAUAAGUAUCAAGACAAAGCAAAAGAUGGCUGUGGUAAAUGAAAAACACUAUUUGUUUUGCACCUGGCAACAACAGAGCAAUAUUCAUGCACCAUUUUUCCUGGUGUUAGAACCAUAAGCAGCAAGAGCAGAAUUGGCUUCCUUUAAUUCUUUUGGUAUGACAUUUUUUAGAACCAAUUAAUGCACCUACAGAAAAUCUAUAAAGGUGUCUUCUGUUUUAAUUGAAUAUAUUCGUUGGCAAUUCAGUCCCACAUUGUUGUUGUUGUUAUUGUCUAGGGAUCAAGGCUUCUUUUAACUUCUUGAGGGGAAGAAGCUUCAAGGAGGAUUUUGCAGGGACUCAUUGAUUUUUUUUCUCUGGGCAAUGAUGAAUUAAUUCCAAAUUUUGUCUUAAGCAUUUAAGACAGAAGCAGAAUUUACUGACUGCACAGAUUUCUGGAGUGGCCCCUGAAUGUUUUUUUCCCUAAAAAAAGAAUUAACAUAGCAAUGAAGGUUAAUUUGUAUUUUCCCUUUUCACAUUUGUACAUAGCUGCUUGUUUGUAUUUCUCAUUGUAAACAAUGAAUGUAUUGUAGCUUUUAAAAACCAGUAAGGUUGGAUAGAAAGGCAGACUUGGAGAAUGGGAGGUUUGGGGUUCAAAACUGGUCUCAGACACUUGGAAGCUGUGUGGCCCUGGGCAAGUCACCUGACGCCCAUUGCCUACCUCUUACUGCUUUUCUGCCUUAGAACCAAUACAUAGUAUUGAUUCUAAGAUGGAAGGAAAAUAGUCCAAGUCUUCAAAUUAAAAACAAACAACAACUUGUGAGUUUUCUGACUUCCUGUUUUAAAGGUCAGUUUUAGUGACAAAUAUAAUUGUUUUUGUAAAAACCCAAGUGUCAGUCAUUAAUAUGCUCACUCAAAUCUAGCAAUUGUCACGCCCCACAAUAUAAGAUGGUAGGGUAUAACCUAUAUUCAUUUCAUGAAUGAGAAUGGGCUCCCAGAAUUAGAGUAUAACCCAGCAGCUCCAGGCUACUCUGAUAAUGUGAAUUCUUGUUUCUCUCUUCUCAAAACAUUAUCUUUCUAAAUUUGAGAUGAGAAGGAGAAGGAAAAGCCCUGGAUAGGCAGAAGUUAGUUCUGGCAAUUUCUUUGUAAGGCAAGAUAAAAUUAUUGAUGUCAUGAGCAAUCUGUGUAUUUUUAUGAAUAUACAUAUACCUGGCAUAGCUUAGGUUUAUUCAUUGUCCAUAUAACAGUUAGUUGUUUACAGCUGUGACCAUAUGUUUGUGUGUAUGAAAAAAUAUAUACUGAGUAGAGAUAUUUUACUCUUUUAGUAACUUUUUCUUUUUUUCCCCUGAUGUUCACUGUCAUUAGAAAAUGUGAAGGAAAAGGAAAAACAGCAGUUUUUCUGUUUGUACCAUGGAGGCUAUGGGCAUCUGGGCAUGCACACUACAAAGAGUGUUGCCUUAGGAGUUUAUCAUGGAUUGGAAUCUCAAUUCUCUCACUUUAUUGCCCAAAUGACCCAGGGCAAGGUGCCUCAUUUCCCUGGGCUUCCAUUUCAUCAUUUGUAAAAUGUGAAUGUUGGACUUAACAUCCCUUCCAACUCCAUAUCUGUGAACCUAGGACCUUUUUUCUAUUUUUUUAUUCCUCUUCUCCCUCCCUCCUUUCUCCCUCCCUCCCUCUCUCACUCCUCUCCUUUCCUUCAUUUGCCUCCUUCCUUUCUUGGCCUUCUCCCUCCCUUGGCCUGGUCUGGAUUGAAAUAGUUUAAUUAGGAAGGACAAACUGUUAAGGUCCCACCUCUUAUCUCUUCAGUUAUGCCUCCCCUCAAUAAAUGUUGAGCUUAAUGAUGUCCGUGUUAUUACUCUGCCAGUGUUUGGCAAUGAGAGCAUGCAUUUAGGUUGAAUUAAGAUAGAUGCACAAUUUAAGAUGGUUUUGUUGGUUGGAACGAUGAUUCUCCAGCAUGCCUAUUCCCCAUAAUAUAUAACAAGCCUUGUAGAUCUGGAAAGGCUCAUGGUCAGUUUAAGUAGGCUGGCAUAUAUUACAGAGAACUGAAAGAAUGAGAGAUUUCAUUAAAAUGCAUAAGCCAAAAAGAAGGACAAGGUAGGAGGGAAGAUGCCAGGGACAGCUCCUGUUCUCCUUCAGUAUCCUCCUAAAGUCAAGAUAAAGGAAAGGAGGCCCUCCCUGGGCUGGUGGAUGGAUCCCUUAUGUCAGGGGACAUGGAUUGGAGUGGCACAAGAUGACCAGACUUUGCAUCUUCAGAGAAAACCUUCACAGUGAUGAGAUGACAUCUCCAUUGGGGGAAUUUGAAUAAUUUUGGUAGGGCAUGGGAGCUUUUUUUUCUUGGUUGAUGCUAUUUUGAAAGGUUCCUUUGACACUUGUAUUUUGCUGGUUCUUAUUUUCAGGGUUUUUUCUUUCUUUUGAGGUUUUGGUGUAAGAAUCUUGAACAUCUGGUUGUUGCCUUGGGUUCAGUUGCCCUAAGUGAUAGGACCAGAUGCUGCCAGAGGGGAGGGUUUGCAGUGCCUCUAUGACACUGGUCGGGGCCAUCCUAGGAGGAGAGAGUGACAUACUUGGACAAAAACUGAUCCAUGUUUGAACCCUUAAUUAUGACUUGCAGCUUUGGUAGCAAAGUAGUGAAAAAUAAUGGGCAGAAAUGAGUCUCGACGCUUACUUGACAGAAAUAGAAUGUUGGGUGCCUCUAUUAUAGAAAAUCUAAGCGGCCGACAGGAAGGGAAUCUUUUCUGUAGCUUGGAUCUCCCCUUUUCCAAUGGAGUGCUACAUGGUUAAAUAUAAAAUGAAACUACAACUGAUAAUCAAAUACACCGAAAUAAUAUUUGAGAACCAGGACUUCCUAAAGAUACAAGUUUCAGUUAUAUUAGCCUGAGGACUUUGCCUGAAGAAAAAAUGUAUAUGACUCAACAGCUGAAGGGCUAUUCGGGGAGAAACAAAGUAAAAUGGCAUCUAUUUUACUGUGUAAUUUUUGUAUUUCAUAUAUAGUCUUAUCCUUGGGAGAAAUGACAUGAGCAUAUACCAGAUGGAAACUAUCUCUGAGGCCAGGUCUACAUUACGAAGCAAAAUGAGUAUCUAAAAAAAUUCUAGAGCUUGAAACACAACUCUCCCUAGGGUUGUCCCUGCUACUCAGUAAAGUAGGUGGGAUAUAUCUGAAGUCUAUGGAGAAUUGCUUACUUAGGAACUGAAAGCCCAUUAGAAAUUAAUUACCUGUGUGACCUUGGUCAAGUUACUCAACCUGUGUGGACCACCACUCCCUUGUCUGUAAAAUGAGGAGAUUGAAUGAGAUAAUCUCUUAGGGUUCUUUUCAGCUCUCAAUCCCAAUGUUUCCAUGAAAAGGAUAUGUGAUAAUAGUAUAUAGUAGUGAUUAUAUAGGCAGGGAACUCAGGUUCAACUUCGGUUCUGCUGCUGACUCCUAACAUGGUCCUGGAUUGUGUCCUCGCCCUGAGAAUUAAUUUUCUUAUCUGUGAAAUAAGAGGGUUAGGCUGGACCAGCAGUUUCAAACUUUUAGGUCUCAAAACCCCUCUAUGCUCUUAAAAAUGACUGAAAACCCAAAAGAAAGCUUUUAUUUAUGUGGAUCAUA